CUAGGAUUUCGGUCGAGAGGUGAGAAAGUAGACCAAGAUGAAGAUCCCUAUUGCAAGUUUCAGAGAACAAGCCUUGUUGAUCUGUAGUUGUUCUCUUCAACCACGGAAAUAACGUAUUUGCAUUAUCUACCGCAAUUGCACUGAGUCACGUGGUAGCCGCGUCACCACCUCCCCGCACCAUUGGUGUUCUCAGUUUGCAUCUUCUGAGCAGCCUGUAGAUCCAAGGAAUCAUUCCAAUAUGCCUUCUUCCCCGAGCCUCGGGCGCAGCUCGGCAGAAGUCGACGAGAAUGACCUGCCACAGCGCGGCCACUUUCGGCAAAAAUUGGAGCAGUACCAGCGUGCCGCGAGCGCGUCGCAAGUCGGGAGCAGCGCAAAAUUGUCCGGUUCGCAAUCCAGCAGUGCCAGCAGUUCGGCCAGUCGCAACACCGGAUCCAUGUCCGCCUCGCGGGUCUCCAGCGCGGUACCAAAACACAAGCCGGCGUCCGCUGCGAAAAGUAGUAAGUACCCGAAAAAGAUCGAUCUGGUGGGGGAUGAAGAGAACGAUGAUGACUACAACUACCCGUCCAGUUCGCGGAAGAAGCAGUUUUGGCGCAUGGCACACUCGUUUUCGAACGAAAAAAACGCGAACAAGGCCUCUCCGGUGGCGACGAGCAGUGGCGCGAAUUACGCUCCUUCGUCGCGGAAAAAGGAUCAUAAGGAACAACCCAGCAUGAUACACGACCACGUGGACGAGGCCGAGAGCAGCAGGAGCGUGAGCCACAUCAAGUCCUCCGCUCGGACGAGUCGCGAGAGCAGAGCGACGCCGGUGAAAGAGCCGGCCCAGGACUACAGCAGCGAGGAGGAAGAAUCUAAGUCCGUGAAACCGGUACUGAAGGUCACGCCAGUGAAGAUCCAAAAGCCUAAAUCCAGAAUACCCUCCUCCUCCGCGAAAAAGCGGGAAAAACAGGAAGACGAAUGCCGCGUGGAGGACAUCAAAAGCUUGCUCAGCAAAAUGGACAAGAAGCAGCCGGCAGCACGGAAAAACGUCAACCGUGCUGGUGGUGCAACUACAACAUCAUCGUCUUACCAGCCGAAAAAUGGUGUUGUUUCCUCCUUUGAUCCCUCAGCGGGAACGUUGGUCAACGUGGGGCAAAAUCUUCCCUCGAGCUCGUCGAGCAGUAGCGCAAUACCGAAAGACUGGAAGAAGAAGGUGGAAGCAUUCGACCGGGAAGAGAAGAAUUUCUACCAGAGACGCCACAACUCGCUUACCAAGUCCAACAACCUCCUGCAACGGGACGACGAUUCUGAGUCAGAUUCCCUCGACGACAGCCCCUCCGCGUCGAAGAGUGUGGAGGGGGCGGACAAGUUUGAGGUAACAAGUUGUACCUGUGUGAGCGGCAUAUUAGAUUUUUUUGUAAAAAGAAAGAUUCAUCAACAUCGACGUACUGUUGACCUCAUUUUUCUCCUCGUCAGCGAAUAUCAAAACAAUAUCAGGUUGAGCUGACGGACAACAUAUUCGAAAAUAGUUAUCAAGAGUAAAGCCGGGGGUCUAGUCAGAAUUUUGCACACAGCAAAAGUAGCAAUCGAGCUGAAGUUUGCAUUUGCUCGAGCUUGGCAUUGAUUUUCAAUAGCUUUCCUGACUUGGCUUCGGAUUUUGCGCCCAUACUAGUCGGAAAUACCAGGAGGAACACAAGCGGAUAGUAGCCAAGAUACACCGACAGUGGGCGAGGAAGUUCAAGGAGCUUCAUAAAGAAAGUACUUAUUCAUAUUCGCAUCAUGUUGAUGUUUUUAUACAGUUUUUUUUGUCGCGUUCCUUAGCACUCGUGCACGAAUUCAAAUAGCCACUAGCUUGUUCUUUUUGCUGCAGGACGUAAAUUGAUGCUCAUGUUGAACAAACCAAACGAAAACCCUAUCCAGCGGACGUGAGGCACGGCGCGUUGCUGAACCAAAUCGGCGAGCUCGAAAUGCUGAUUGAAAGCACAGAGGAGUACCGUCAGCGCAGAGCCGAGCUCCUAACUUUCAAGGAGGGCGAGGUAUGUAAGUACAACUUUCAUGUGCGGCUGUUUGUCAAUGUGCAGAAUCUACUUCUAUGAAAAGGCCCCGAGUGUGCUGGAUGAACGCAUUCAUCAAGUUGAAUCUAUCAUACAUAAAAAUCAAAAACAGCAAGUGAAGUUGGAGGGGGCUUACGAGGAGGCUUUGGAAAAGCUUGACGAGCAGAAGUCCAUCACGAAGAACUUGAAAUCCGAGGUGGAGCGGUUCCGUUUGCAAGCGCAGCAGGCGGAGCAGGCUUUUCAAUACAUCCAGAAGGAGAUGAAGGCGGACCACUCCACCGCAAAAAAGCGCAUGGAAACGAAGUGUGAUCACCUAAAAAAGCAGGUGCGUGACCUCACGGAACAGGUAGCGCGCACGGAAGAGCGGUUGCGGGCAAGUGAAGACGAGGUACUACAACGAGGUGGUUUUGUCCACUGUUUGUUUGUGUUGGUGUAGCUUGCGGAAGUUAUCGUCGUACAAGGCUCAUGCUCAAAACAAAAGGGCUCCCAUGAAGGGCUAAUAAAUAUUGCCAAAAAAAAAAAAUCAAACUGCGCUCGUUCUCAGCUCAAGGACGUGAAGCAAGCGGAGAAAUCGUUGCUGAAGGAGGCAAAGACGCUGCAAGACGAGCGGGAAAACGUUGAGAAAGCGGCACGGUCAAUUGUCCAGGAGUGCGAAGCCAAGUUCGGGCAGGAAAUACAAAGUGGCAAGGUAAUAUUCUUGGAAAUACGAACCUGUUGCGUAUUUAGAAAGAAGCAUCUCUAGUCCAUGCUUCACAUUACACAUGACGCACUGGCACUCCGCAAGCCGGAAGUAGGGCAGGCACUACCUAUAGCAAAGCAAGAGCAGUGGUCAGCGAACGAUUUUCAAUACAAAAACAACGUCAGACCGAGCUGGAAGUUUUGCGGUCCGACAACUCGGAGAAGAACAAAGAGCUUACCGAGCUACGGUUCCAGGUGCAAAAGCAGGAGCAGCAAAUCGAGCACAUGCGGCGCGAGUACGAGCUGCAAUUGGAAAAUCUGCGAAUCAAGGGAGCCGUCGACAGCGUCAAGUUGCAUCUGCACGUCAACAAAGAGGCGGCCGAUGAUUACGAAGUCCAGGUACUAGGAUAAAGUGAUGGUGUGGAGGCUCCUCUGGGAGCGGCGUGGUCUCUCUCUUCCUUGAUCGUUUGACGCUUUGCCGAGGAUGAAAAUCAAAAUUGCAAAGCACAUCAAAAUCCCAUUUUAGGUGAAAGAAAUCUCGGACGAUGAGGAUGGACAGAAGACCCCGAGGUCCAGCAUCUCCUCCGCCAAAAGUGAGGAAACCGUCAAAUUUAACGAGCAGAUUCAUCGUACUAUUGAUUCUUGAUGCCGGUGUCUGAUUUUGCCUGCGCGUUUUUGUUGUUUUUGCACUCCCGGUGUGUCCCCGUCCUUUCCAGUGAUCUUCAAACGUCGCACUGUCUGACUCUCCGUUUCUGUUGCAAUACUCACAAACUACAUCAACUAAAACUUUCUUCAGGCACACUCCCCCAGCCACCCGCGAUUCCCGUUGUUGUGUCGAACCGGUUCGCCCCGAAGCAACAGAAUCCAGAAUCCGCAAAGAAGAAGAAAACGCGUAGUGCCUUUGCCGAAAUGUACUCCAUGCAAAAUUACUCCGCAUUCUAG